CUCAUAGCGUAGCCAUUUUUAUCGCACAAGCUUAGUCGUACAGCGGUACUGCCGUCUCAGCCAUUCACGAGCAUCUCCACUAUUUUACACAGAGAAUUUAGAGAGAGAGGGGGAGAGGGAGAGGGAGGGAUCUUCCAUUAAUGCGGUUUGUGAAGGAAGUUGAAGGAGGAGUCUAUGUAAGGCGUUGAGAGGAAGUUUUUGCGAUCUCCUUUGAAGGCAGUGUUCUGUUUAAGAGAGGAUGGGGAGAACGCCGUGCUGUGAGAAGGAGGGACUGAGAAGAGGCCGUUGGACAGCGGAGGAAGACGAUAAACUCAAGAAGUAUAUCGAAGCGAACGGCGAAGGUUCAUGGAGAUCGUUACCGAAGAAUGCUGGGCUGUUGAGGUGCGGAAAGAGUUGCAGGUUGAGAUGGAUUAAUUACUUGAGAACAGAUUUGAAGAGAGGGAAUAUCACUCCUCAAGAGGACGAAACUAUUCUCAAAUUGCAUACGACUCUCGGAAAUCGGUGGUCACUGAUUGCUGGACAUUUACCCGGACGAACAGAUAACGAAAUAAAAAACUACUGGAAUUCUCAUUUGAGUAAGAAAAUCUUCAACACCACCAAAAAGGAUGCUCCCCAAAAAUCUGGUUCAAAGCGAAGCUGCAGCAGCCGAGGCCAACCAAACAACAAACUAACUAUUAUACUCAAGAAGAACAAGACGAAUAAGACGACAAUACCAAAAGAAAGUUCCCAAUCUAAUUCCAUAGCUGAGGAAGAACAAGAACCUGAAACGACCAUGCCUAAAGAAGAACAGGAACCAAGUAAAAGUGGUCAUAAUUCAACAACGAAGGAUCCAAAAAUAGAGGAAGAAAAUUGGGAAUUGACGACUGAUGUUGAGAAACGACAAAACGGAGUGAUAAGUACAAUUAUUGAGAGUGGGGAAUGGUUUUACUCUGCUUGGCCUUCUUCUUCAUCGAACUUUAAUAAUGAAUGGAUGAAUUGGGACUGGGAAGGUGAUGGGGUUUUAGGUCAGAAUGUAUGUGAGAAUUUCAAAGAGCCAUCGUCUUGGUUCUGGGCUAAUAAUAAUACUAAUGGAGAAGGAGAAGAAUGUCGUUAAAAAAUAUAAAAUAAAAAAUUAUUCCUAUAGGAUCUCCCAAAUCUGCUGUAAUAAGGUCUAUAGUGUACUGAAAAUUGAAUGGGAGUUUUGUUUUUUCUACUUGAAAAUGACCUGUGUCCUUUCCUAGAGGACAAUCAUUUUGUUAAA